AAGGCCCAGAAUGGAAGGAGGCAUCAGUGAGAAUCUGAGAAAGUCACCUGAGACCAGAAGCCCACGCCUCCACCUGCGACACCAUGAGUGAAUCGUGCUGCUCCCCGUGCUGCCAGCCCACGUGCUGCAGGACCACCUGCUGCAGGACCACCUGCUGCCAGCCCAGCUGCUGUGGAUCCAGCUGCUGCGAGCCUUGCUGCUGCCGCCCAACGUGCUGUCAGACCACCUGCUGCAGGACCACGUGCUGCAAGCCCGCAUGCUGUGUGUCCAGCUGCUGCCAGCCCAGCUGCUGUGGGUCCAGUGGCUGCGGGUCCAGCUGCUGCGAGCCUUGCUGCAGCCGCCCAACGUGCUGUCAGACCACCUGCUGCAGGACCACGUGCUGCAAGCCCGCAUGCUGUGUGUCCAGCUGCUGCCAGCCUAGCUGCUGUGGGUCCAGUGGCUGCGGGUCCAGCUGCUGCCAGCCUUGCUGCUGCCGCCCAACGUGCUGUCAGACCACCUGCUGCAGGACCACCUGCUGCAAGCCCACAUGCUGUGUGUCCAGCUGCUGCCAGCCUUGCUGCCGCCCCAGUUGCUGCUGCACACCCUGCUCCCAGCCAGCUUGCUGCACCCCCGUUAUCUGCAGGAGAACCUGCUACCAGCCCACCUGCUGCUGCCUGCCCGGGUGCCUAGCCCAAGGCUGUGGAUCCAGCUGCUGCCAGCCCUGCUGCCGCCCAACGUGCUGUCAGACCACCUGCUGCAGGACCACGUGCUGCAAGCCCGCAUGCUGUGUGUCCAGCUGCUGCCAGCCCAGCUGCUGUGGGUCCAGUGGCUGCGGGUCCAGCUGCUGCCAGCCUUGCUGCAGCCGCCCAACGUGCUGUCAGACCACCUGCUGCACGACCACCUGCUGCAAGCCCACAUGCUGUGUGUCCAGCUGCUGCCAGCCUAGCUGCUGUGGGUCCAGUGGCUGCGGGUCCAGCUGCUGCCAGCCUUGCUGCAGCCGCCCAACGUGCUGUCAGACCACCUGCUGCACGACCACCUGCUGCAAGCCCACAUGCUGUGUGUCCAGCUGCUGCCAGCCUAGCUGCUGUGGGUCCAGUGGCUGCGGGUCCAGCUGCUGCGAGCCUUGCUGCAGCCGCCCAACGUGCUGUCAGACCACCUGCUGCAGGACCACGUGCUGCAAGCCCGCAUGCUGUGUGUCCAGCUGCUGCCAGCCUAGCUGCUGUGGGUCCAGUGGCUGCGGGUCCAGCUGCUGCCAGCCUUGCUGCAGCCGCCCAACGUGCUGUCAGACCACCUGCUGCAGGACCACCUGCUGCAAGCCCACAUGCUGUGUGUCCAGCUGCUGCCAGCCUUGCUGCCGCCCCAGUUGCUGCUGCACACCCUGCUCCCAGCCAGCUUGCUGCACCCCCGUUAUCUGCAGGAGAACCUGCUACCAGCCCACCUGCUGCUGCCUGCCCGGGUGCCUAGCCCAAGGCUGUGGAUCCAGCUGCUGCCAGCCUUGCUGCUGCUGAGCAACUUGUUAUACACUCAGCACUCACCGGAAUGUAUAUCCUACGCCAGUUUGCCAAAGUUCCUGUCUUACAAGAAGUUGCUCCCUCGGCUUUCCUGGGGACACACACAUGCUUACACUGCCCCUGUCAUCUUUCUCAGCAAUGCUUAUGAGUCUAUGGGCGGAAUGCAAUCUACUUCAAUUUGAUUGUAUUCUAGUGUCUCUGGUUUACUGUAGCAAUUGCUGAGCCACUCCAUUUGGUCAACCCCAGACGCUGGUCCACAUCCAUUGAUUCACACUCUCAGUCUCCGGAAAGUGAUCAUCACCUUUCACUUCUACAGCAUGUAAACACAUUCUUAUGAGUGCAUAUUAGCUCUCCGCAGUGAUCAGUACUGAUCAUCUUUUUAGAUAGAUGCAUUAUAGUUCGUAAGUCCUGCCAGGUUACUAAGCUCUUUGCAAUGGCUUUGAACUUUCUUCCUUCCGUUCUUUCCUAAUAAAAUCUGUGUCAUCCUGCA